AUGUCUGGUGUGAAUGGCUCACUUGAGGUCAUUCCACAACAUCUCUAUUGGAUUCAGGUAACUUCCGGUGGUGCUGUUGGCGGGCAGAACGGGAUCGGUGGUGGUGUGCCGACGUUGAGGCUAUUGUGUUAUUCAACAGCUAACCACAUUGAGGGAAAGUGGACUGUAACCUCGCCACAAAGAGCUUGGGAAUUUCUGUGUCGCCAGUGGAGCGUCUCCGGCCUGUUAUUCGUCUUAAACAACCGCAUAAAUCACUGUGUUUUCACUCGGGCCUGCAGUGAGCCCAUACAAGCGCUCCGGAGCUCUCUCUGUAAAGGUUCACUAGAGGCCCCCUCAAUAGUCGUCAAGCUGGCGACUGUAGCAGUAAAGAAGGGCAAGAAGGCUGAGGAGGAGGAGCAGCCUGCAGCACCGGAGGCAGCAGCAGCAGCAGAAGCAGCUACAUCUGCGGCACCGGCGGCACCGGCAGCCGCAGAAGCACCAGCAGCAGCAGGAGCAGCGGCGGCGGCAGCAGAAGAGGAGGAGGAAGAGGAGUAUGUGGUGGAGAAGGUUUUGGACCGCCGAGUGGUGAAGGGCAAAGCGGAGUUUCUGCUGAAAUGGAAGGGCUUCUCAGAUGAGGACAAUACAUGGGAGCCAGAGGAGAACCUAGACUGCCCCGACCUCAUCGCCGAGUUCAUGUCAAAAUACAAAGAGAAGGAGGAGAAAAAGAAGGAGGGCAAGCGGAAAGUCACGACCGAGGCCACAAAAGAACCCGAGGAGAGGGGGAGCAAGAGGAAGAAGGAAGAGGGUGAGAAGGCCAGAGGUUUCGGCAGAGGUCUGCAGCCAGAAAGAAUCAUCGGAGCGACGGACUCCAGUGGAGAGCUGAUGUUCCUCAUGAAGUGGAAGAACUCAGACGAGGCCGACCUCGUGCCAGCCAAAGAGGCCAACGUCAAAUGUCCCCAGGUGGUCAUCUCUUUCUACGAGGAACGCCUCACCUGGCACUCUUACCCCACGGAGGAGGAGGAAAAGAAGGAGGAGGAGAAAAAAGACUAGAUGAAUGGAGGUGCAAAGAGGAGGGGAAAAAAAGGAGGUGCGUAGGGUUUGCGGGGCGGAAAAUCAUCAACACACUCUCGCCCCCAGUUAGCCAACUCUAGCAGCCACUUUGGCAGCGGAAGUGAAGAAAAAUCCCAGAAACGUUGGAGAGAGAACUGCCAAUGUUGCUGACAGAAGAAAAAAAAGAAAAAGAUGGAGACGCGUCCUUUCCUCAAAAGAUGCUCCCGCCUGUAUCUUGACUGAAAAUGUGUUUUUGUUGUUUUGUUUUUUUUUUGAGGUAGGUUGACACUUUAGAUUUGUUUCUCCUCACCAAGAACGUGUCACUCGAUGGGAACCGGUGCCUUUUCGUUCUGCUUGUUAUCCCUCUGUGUCGUCACAAGCCGAAUAUUGAACUGAAAUACAGUGAAACGAUGGAAGUGUUUGUCUUCUACAUCGGGUGACAAGUGCCUGGUGGCGGAAAAUAUAAGAACGCAAAUCUAGCUGUCAAUCUCUCUCUCUCUCUCUCUCUCUCUUUCUCUUUCUCUUUCUCUUUCUCUCUCUCUCUCUCUCUCUCUCUCUCUCAACACGCACAGAGCUGGAGCCCUUCAUUCACUGGCGACGCAGACUGAAUGUUUGGCUGCGGCUUUUCCUCCCCUUAAAAAAAAAAAAACAAAAAACGAAUGACGUAGCUGGCUAAGAAGACGAAAGACAAAAGGCAGACGGAGAGGACAAACUUCGCCUUCCUGCUUUGUCGGGAUCCAUCGGAGGGAUCGUCUUUUGGAAGGAAAAACGCAGUUAGGUGAAUGAAAGAAUGGACAGAAACCCAUUCAUUCAUCUCUUUCAGUAUCUGUUCUCUUUGUGCCACCUGAGUUCUCAUUAUUGCUGACGUGACGCUGUUCUUAAUUUCGAAACUCUCCAAAACACCAAAUGACUCUAUUUCACUCUGACAUUGAUAUACUGACAGGAGGGGGAAGGGGGGAGGGGGGGUUACACGCUGUAAGAACAGACCUUUGGCCUCGUGUCUUACCAGCCAGUGUUCACAUGUCUUGCAGGUAUCCAUAAUUUCAGCCAUGGAUGGUGACGCUGCCCGACGCUUCAUUUUUCAUUUAAAACAAAAACAAAACAAAAUUCAACUCUGUGUUGCUCUAUCUUUUCUGAGCGCUGUCUCUAAACACCUGUAGCUUCUUUGUGAAUGUGAAACUGUCCAUCUGCCGUAUUUCCUACCCAACACGCUUCCUUAUACAUACCAGGUGUGGAACAAUCAUGUUCUCUAUACAUGGGUGCUGCACUCACCUGAGUUGGUCUUGGCUUUUUCUUGAACAGGUAGAACUACUCAAUUAGCCCACGGUAAACUGAUGAUUGUUGUCAUAACCGGCGUCAUCUGUCGAUUAUUAUUUUCAUUUAAUAGUUUUGUUUAUAAGAUAUAAAAAAAAAAAAAAAAAAAUUCCUGUAUCCAAGCUGAUGACAGCAAAUAUCUUGUUUUGUCUGAUAAACAGUCCAAAACUUAGAUUUGCUGUUUACAGUCAUCUAAAACAAAGAGUAGUAUGUCCUCAUGUUUAAUUAUUUUCUUAAAACUGCUAAUAAUGAUUGGCAGAAAAAUGGAUUCCUGCAGCUCUAGUCACCUGCCAACAGCUAACUCUGAACCACAUGUACAGACCUGACAGGCUGUGGCCACUAAGCUUCCUAAAACCUCUCAUGUCAGUGUUUUUUUAAAUGAUUAUUUUCUGAAUAUUUGUAGUGAAACUGAAGCUGGUUGGUUACCGAGCGGCUGGCAGCACAGUGUUCUCACUUCACAGCUACGCUAAAAAAAAAUCAGCUUUUUGCCUGGUUGUAAUCUUCCACACGACUAAAUGGAAGCACUGAAGAGCAGCGGUUCAGCUCCUGCCUGAUUCAGCUUUGAUGCCUUGUAACCAGUAGGUGAGCGGGGCCAAGUACAAUUUUUUUUUAAAAAGGAAUCCUUAUUUAAACAGAUUAUUUGUUUUUAUAAUGAAACCGAAAUUUCCCGUCAACCAACAGAUGGAAUUCCUCACAGUUGAGCAGCUGUUAUCGACACCUUUCUUUGGGAAUUAAAAGAUUAUGUUAACUUUAGUGUGAAAGUUCCCCAAUUUAGGUACAUUCACAUAUUUUAAGAACAGCUUUGGAAUCAAAUGUGAAAUAUGAUUCCUUUUAAGAGAAGAUCUGGCGCUAAAAGAAGUGAAUUAUGGCGGGAAUGAGACCAGCUAUUGUUUGUACAUUUUUGGCACCCAGCAAACUUGACAGGCCGAAACAGUGAAAGUGGCUCCUCCAUCCUUGUACUCGUACCACUUUGGCUAAUAGGCUGAGGGAAUGGUCGGGGGAGGGGUUCCUGAUGAGACCACGGCUCAGUCACUCGAUAGGUACACACAUACACACCCCGAUAACACAACCGGGUUUUAAUUGCUGACAGAGGAGUCGAUUGAAAGUGUGUUUAAACGAUUCUUCAUUUCAGUUCCCUUGUUUAUUUUUAAUCCCUUCCACGUGCACUCUCAACCACUUGUGCAUUUCGUAGGCUGUAUUAUUUUUUUUUAGCUUGCACUGGCCGAGCUACAUUCAAGACAUGAUGAGUAUGACUCAGCAUAUUAUUCACAUUUCCAGAGUGACACAUGGUUAAAACAGAAAUUAGCGGUUUUUCAUAGGAAAUAGAAACAUUAUGGAAGUUGGCAUGAUUGAAUGUGAACAUUUUAUACGAGGGGUGGGGGGGCAUUUCUCUACUGUGUAAUGUUUCCCAGCAUGCAAUGUGUUAAAUGUAGCUCGGCUGUGCUUAUUUCUAUGUAUACUGUAUUAAAGUAAGCAUAAUAGCUCCCUGUUACCAGACUCAGGUUAGCUAAUUCAAAUCCUCUUCUGGGAACGGUUAACUUUCGCUGCUGAAAAUUGAGUUGAUAAUAACACCCCCCAGCACAGAACCCGUUUUAACAUACCAACUUGUUCUUACGGAAUGAUUUUUAAUGAGUCUCAACCUUCAAUGACUCAAUUAAUUUAAAUCGACAGAUGAAAAAAAUAUGUUUGUCAACCUUCCUGAUCGAAAUCAAUGACCCUUAAGAUAGCUGAAUGAACUCACUAAAAAAUCUUUUUUUUUUAAACUUCUGGCCUUUUGGGCUUUCUGGUUUCUUCGCCACAUAAAUCAGUAUUAAGUAUCUGACGGGCUUCUGUUACACUAUUCACCAUUGACAGGAGAGGGGUUGAAUUAGCUGCACCUGGGUCUGCUAGUUAGCUUUUCUAUCUCAUCUCUGAAGCUUUUCUCUGUAUUUAGCGGAUUAGCUUGUGUUGUCCUGUUGCAUGUUUAUCGGUUUACCUUGCAAAGUCACUGUCAUGGCUGUUCUACUUUUAAUUGUCUGUUUUGGACAAUAAAGUUGUCUCGUUUUCG